AUGUGGCUGUUUAUUGCAAUCCUGUUUUUGACACAAGCACACACGAACUCAGCAGAUGCCAUCGAGCAGAAAAAUGCUAUAAAUCCUGAGACUUCCAUGAAUGUUAGCCAAAUAAUCUGCCACGGAGGGUACCCCAGUGAAGAGUAUGAAGUCCUGACUCGUGACGGCUACUACGUCAGCCUGAACAGAAUUCCUCACGGGAGAGAAAAUCCUAGGAACAGAGAGGCCAAGCCAGUCGUGUUUCUCCAGCAUGGGAUAUUCGGAGAAGGCAGCCACUGGGUGGAAAAUCUGGCUAACAACAGCCUUGGCUUCAUACUAGCAGACGCCGGCUAUGACGUCUGGCUGGGAAACAGCCGUGGGACAAGCUGGUCCCGGAGACACCAGCACCUUUCAGCUGACCAGGUUGAAUUCUGGGAUUUCAGCUUUCACGAAAUGGCAAUGUACGACCUCCCAGCCAUGAUCGACUUUGUUCUGCAGAAGACUGGGCAGAAGCAGAUCUAUUACAUUGGCUACUCCCAGGGCUGCACGAUCGGGUUCAUUGCAUUUUCAUCCAUGCCAGAACUGGCUCAGAAGAUCAAAACGUUUUUUGCCCUGGCUCCAGUAACGACAAUCAAGUACGCCAGAAGUCCCUUCAUGAAGAUGUCCUUCCUUCUGGACAAGCAAUUCAAGAUGUUUCAG